CGGCAGAACUGAUGAAACAAGCAGGGCGCUGGAGCAGAAGCGGGAAAUGGUCGAGCAAAUCCAAGAAAUGCAACGCAAAGUCAAGAACGAACAGAUCGGGACCCUCGACAUCACGCGGGACAUGACACGCCAGUAUAAGGGAAUGCAGGAGGAGCUUCUGAACCGCAUCAACCAGCUAGAAGGCACAAUACAGGCCCUACAGGACGAGUUAGAGCGAUCACGGCUCGAGCUUGAGCAAGCCGUGAAGGAGAAGGACUCUAUCAUAGCCGCCAAGGAUAAGGAAAUCUCCCAGAUGAAGGUGAAAAUGGAAGACAUGGCACAAGAAUUCGGCGACAUGCUCAAGGAAACCCUUGACCGGAUGCGCGAGAGAAUCGAGGUCAACAGCACCGGCUUCGACGCGGAUGAUAGCAUCCCGCUUCAGCGCCGAUUGGAAGAAGUCUCCCUAGCCACCCUUUCCGAAGCACCGCACAAAUGA